AUGGGGACACGAUUCAAAGGUGACACCAAAGACCCAGCGGUCAAUGUCACCAAUUGGGUUCUUCUAGUCACGAUAAUAUUUAGUGUCUCUGCUCGAUUGGGAACUAAGAUUCGACUGUUCAAGAGACUCACCGCAGACGAUCUCCUGAUCAUUGCAUCUCUGGUUUUUGGCAUCGGUCAGAGCAUUGUUGUUUCGCUGGCAGUUGGGUCUGGUUAUGGAAAGCAUUUUAAAGAUGUAUCCAGCGCCGAUAUGGAACAGGUGAUGAAAAAUCUUUUUGCGGGGUCUGUUUUGUACCUCCUAAGCCUCACGUUCUCGAAACUAUCCCUAGUCGUGUUUAUCCGGAGUCUUACACCAUCCGCCAAAGACAAGUGGCUCGCCCGUGGAGCCGAGACCAUCGUAUAUGUCUGGGCACUUAUUGCAGUCUUUGGGACUGCAUUCCAAUGCCCUCUGCCUCGUACCUGGGACUUCCAGAGCGGUCACUGCUUUAACCUGUUGACCUGGCGCUACUUCAUCGCUGUCUCCAACAUCGUUACUGACCUCUUGAUUGUCGCUCAGGCGAUGGUCCUGGUUUCUAGCGUCCAAACGACACUGGGGCGGCGCCUAGUUUUUGCGGGUAUCUUCCUACCUCGGCUCUUUGUGACAAUCGCAAUAAUCGGCGAGAUCGCCAUCCUCAAGAAAGGCACGAAAAGCAACGAUCCAACAUUUCAGAUGUGCGAAAUCACCAUUUUCGAAGUGAUCACCCAGUGCCUCAGUAUUGUGACGGCCUGUUGGGGACAACUCAACCCCUUCCUGUCUUGGAUGCGAUCGAACGGACUCAAGCUCUAUGGCGUGGAAGACCCGACUUCUUGGAGUUACAGGAUGCGCUCGCAAUCACAAGGGCGGUCCAAGUCGUGCGAUCGCAAGAACAAAUUCGAAAACCACGAAACCUUCCCUUUGCCGAUGCGACAAGAUCGAAUUCUGGUCACGCAGGAUUGGGAGGUCGACAGUCAGUCGAGCCAGGCGCACAUAAUGGAGUCGCAAACACACCACUAG